AUUUGAACCAUCUACACCCAAUCCAUGUGGGACCAAUGGCUAAACAAGAGAAUAUAGCUGCAACAAAGGGAGUAGAUGAUGCUAAUAAGAGACUCAGAGCAAGGAAGAGAGCAGGUUGUGGAUUGGAGCUGCAGUCAAGGAUGAAAGAGCAGGAUUAGAAGAGGAAGCCACUUCUCCAGUAGCUGAGUGGUGUCUGAAGGGAAGGAUCAUGGAUCCUGGUCAGGCUCAGGCUAGGACUCAUUCCCCUCCAGACCUGGUUGGUGUGGGAAGUUCCAGAGGUGUGGAGAUGGAGAAAGAAGGCAACCCACUUCUAGCCAAACCUUCUGGCCCCAAAGUAAGAAUCAUGAUGAUGGAAGAACAGAAAGCGGCUGUUUUCAUCCAAGCCUGGUGGCGGGGCACCCUGGUGCGCAGGACUCUGCUGCACACGGCUCUCAGAGCGUGGAUCAUUCAACGCUGGUGGAAACAGAAGCUGGUGAAGCUGCAGGAGAAGAGGCGGCGGACGUCUCUAGAAUGCUACGCGCGGCAAGAAUGGGCAGCUGUCAAGCUACAAUCCUGGUUCCGCAUGUGGUGCAUCCGCCUUCGUUACUGCCGUUUGCUCCACGCUGUCCGCAUCAUUCAGGUCUAUUGGCGCUGGCAUAGCUGCCAUACCCGUGGCUUUAUUCAGGGCCGUUACGACCUCAAAGAAAACCAACUGAAUCUUCAACUUGAAAUCUCUUUGGGCUCGCAAGCUUGUAGUGUACAACAGUACAUACCCCUUCCAAUACAGGAAUGACCAGGUCUGCUA